GUAACUUCCUGUACACUCCGGUUUUACUGUUGUCCCGUUCUUUCCAGGUUAGACCGGCUGCUGAGCGACCGUCUAUUCCUGCGGGCUUUUGUUUGUCUGGAUUUUUAUCUCUGGAGCCGAAAUAUUUAUUGAAACGUUUUUUUAAGGAUUGAUUCUAUUUUUUAUUUGAGCAAGAUGGGCUGCGCUGGAUUCACCUGCUCCAAACACUCCCUGUGCGUGCUCAACAUCCUCUAUGUGAUGGUGAGCCUGCUGAUGAUCGGCAUCGCGGCGUGGGGGAAGUGUUUGGGUCUGGUCUCCAGUUUCCAGGUGGUUGGGGGCAUCAUCGGCGUGGGCGUCUUCCUGUUCUUCGUGGCGCUGGCCGGCCUCAUCGGGGCCAUGAAGCAUCACCAGGUCCUGCUCUUCUUCUACAUGAUCGUCCUGUUCAUGGUGUUUAUUGUGCAGUUCUCUGUUUCCAGUGCCUGCUUAGCCAUCAACAGAGAGCAACAGGACCAGCUGCUGGAGGUGGGCUGGAACAACUCUCAGAGCACUCAGAGGGACGUGGAGAAGAGUCUCAACUGCUGUGGCUUCAGACAGGUGGAGGCCAGCCUCAGCUGUGACGCUGCCUGCUUCCCCAACAACUCAUGCUCGCCGUGCGCAGAUAAGAUCCAGGAACAUGCUGGAGAGGUGCUGCGCUUUGUAGGAGGGAUCGGACUCUUUUUCAGCUUCACCGAGAUUCUGGGAGUCUGGCUCACUUAUCGCUACAGGAACCAGAAGGACCCCCGAGCCAACCCCAGUGCUUUCCUGUGAGCCGUCUGCACCUCCAUGGGCCUUCUCCGGGCUCGACCUGUACAUACCUGACUCACCUGUGUGUUGGAACUUCUCUGGGCUGUACCUGUACAUACCUGACUGACCUGUGUGUGUUUCACUGACUGCUGCAGCCAUGCUCUUAUAAUGUCCUGUGUUUGGUUGUUCAAGAGUGCACACAUGUUGCCUCCAGUGUGACAGCUCUGUCUGAACAUUCACUAUUAGUACACAGAGCACUGGGUGUAAAAAUAGGCAAUACUGUCUACUGCUGUAUAUUCCAAAGUAUUAUUAUAUACAGUAUUUAUGCAGCCUGCCUGAUGUUGACCCUCAACACUGUUUCUGUUUGUCUGCCCCACUGAACGCAAUAAUGUCAACUGCUGCUCUGCAUAUUGACAUGACUACUGUGUGUGUGUGUGUGUGUGUGUGUGUGUGUGUGUGUGUGUGUGUUUGGCCUUUUGCAUGACUCUUAAGCAAAUACGAGCUACUGAUUGAGAGCUGCACUGAGGAUUCUGUCUCAGCCUUUGUACUGUAAACUGCAACAAAACACUGGUGGAAGAAAAAUAAAUCUGUUUCUCUGGCUUUA